CGAUUGGCAUACACCCUCGCUCAUACUCGGUCACACUGUACAGAACUGCUAAUUGUGCAAAGAAAAGGUGAAAAAAGAGAGAAUUUCUAGAAAAACUCACGAUAAUUCCAACCAAAUUAAUUUUAAAGCAUAGCCAACACCUAAAGCAGCAAAAUGACGUGGGAACCUCAGGCAGAAGGUCUGCAGCAGAUCAUAGCGAUCCUCAAGGAGUCGCAGUCACCAGACACAGCCACUCAGAUUGCUGUACAGAUGAAACUGGAGGAAUUCAAUCUCUAUCCAGACUUUAACAACUAUCUCAUCUAUGUGUUGACUAAACUAAAGACAGAAGACGAGCCAACGCGCUCGCUGAGUGGUCUGAUCGUCAAGAACAACAUUCGCAUGCACGGCAGCAAUCUACAGCCGGAGAUCGUGGAGUACAUUAAACACGAGUGCCUACAGGCGGUGGGUGACUCAUCGCCGUUGAUUCGUGCUACAGUGGGCAUUCUGAUCACCACCAUCGCCAGUAAUGGCGGCCUGCAUAACUGGCCUCAACUGUUGCCCUCUCUCUGCGAAAUGCUGGACUCCCAGGACUACAACGUUUGCGAAGGAGCUUUUAGCGCGCUGCAAAAAAUUUGCGAGGACUCCGCUGAAAUCUUAGACUCGGCAGCGCUCAACAGGCCACUAAACGUUAUGAUUCCCAAGUUCCUGCAGUAUUUCAAGCACAGUAGUCCCAAGAUUAGGUCCCACGCCAUUGCCUGCAUCAACCAGUUCAUCAUUAACAGAUCACAGGCCCUUAUGUUAAACAUAGACAGCUUCAUUGAAAACCUCUUUCACUUGUCCUCGGACGAGGACCACGAGGUGCGCAAGAAUGUUUGUCACGGAUUGGUCAUGCUACUGGAGGUCCGCAUGGACCGCCUUAUGCCUCACAUGUCGCAGAUCAUUGAGUACAUGUUGCUGCGCACACAAGAUUCCGAUGAGGGUGUGGCCCUGGAGGCAUCUGAGUUCUGGUUAUCUCUGGCGGAGCAAAGCAUCUGCAAGGAUGUGCUUGCUCCCUUUUUAUCCCAGUUAGCUCCUGUUCUGGUACGUGGAAUGCGUUACUCAGAGGUCGAUAUUAUUCUUCUAAAGGGCAAUGUGGAAGAGGAUGACAUGGUGCCCGACCGAGAAGAGGACAUUCGCCCACGCUUUCACAAGUCCCGCGCACAUACAAUCAAGGGUACUCAAGAAGCGGGAGCUGUAGCAGCAGGCGAGGAUGAUGACGAAGAUUUUGACGAUGGCUUGGACGAUGAUAGCUCUCUAUCAGAAUGGAAUCUGCGCAAGUGCAGUGCGGCCGCUCUCGACGUGCUAGCCAAUGUUUUCCGUGAGGAUUGCUUGCCUGUCGUGCUUCCCAUCUUAAAAGAAACGCUUUUCCACCAAGAAUGGGUGAUAAAGGAGAGCGGUGUGCUGGCUUUGGGAGCCAUCGCCGAAGGCUGCAUGCAGGGCAUGAUACAGCACUUGCCAGAACUAAUUCCCUACCUGAUUAGCUGUCUGUCCGACAAGAAAGCCCUGGUCCGCUCUAUCACAUGCUGGACGCUUUCACGCUACGCCAAUUGGGUGGUCAACCAACCGCACGACCAGUACUUGAAGCCGUUGAUGGAGGAGUUGCUAAAGCGCAUUCUGGACUCAAAUAAACGCGUUCAGGAGGCGGCAUGUUCUGCUUUUGCCACUCUGGAGGAAGAGGCCUGCACAGAACUGGUGCCUUAUCUAGAGUACAUUCUGAAGACUCUGGUGUUUGCCUUCUCCAAGUACCAGCACAAGAAUCUGUUGAUUCUGUAUGAUGCUGUUGGUACAUUGGCGGAUUCCGUGGGUCAUCAUCUGAAUAAGCCGCAGUAUAUUGAUAUUCUCAUGCCUCCGCUGAUCGACAAAUGGAAUCUGCUUAAGGAUGAUGACAAGGACUUAUUCCCUUUGUUGGAGUGCCUGUCGAGCAUCGCCACUGCCUUGCAGUCUGGUUUCUUGCCUUACUGCGACCCGGUUUAUCGCAGGUGCAUAUCCCUUAUUGAACAGACCAUCAACCAGGAAAUGCUGUGCAAACAAAACCAAACGUACGACCAUCCUGACAAGGAGCGUAUGAUUGUUGCCCUAGAUCUGCUAUCUGGCCUAGCUGAGGGUUUGGACCGCCACAUUGAGACACUGGUGGCCAAUAGCAACAUUAUGCAUCUGCUCUACCAGUGCAUGCAAGACGUUCUUCCGGAAGUUCGCCAAUCCUCGUUUGCAUUGCUGGGUGAUCUGACUAAGGCCUGUUUCCCUCACGUGCAUCCCUUCAUGGCCGAAUUCUUUCCCAUAUUGGGGCAAAACCUGAACGCCGACUUUAUUUCAGUGUGCAACAAUGCCACCUGGGCUAUAGGCGAGAUUUGCAUGAAAUUGGGUGAGGAGACCAAGCAGUACAUUCGCCUCGUACUUAGCGACCUUUUCGUCAUUAUCAACCGCCCGAACACGCCCAAGACUCUGCUGGAGAAUACAGCAAUAACAAUCGGUCGUCUAGGUUAUGUGUGCCCAGUUGAAGUGGCUCCUUAUUUGCCCGAAUUUGUACGACAGUGGUGCACGUCGUUGCGGCACAUACGAGAUAAUGAUGAGAAGGACUCGGCCUUCCGUGGAAUGUGCCACAUGAUCACGGUGAAUCCAGCUGGCGUAGUGCCCGAUUUUAUAUUCUUCUGCGAUGCCAUCGCCUCGUGGGUUAAUCCCCCACAGGAUCUGCAUCAGAUGAUUCAAAAAAUUCUUCACGGCUUCAAGACCCAAGUGGGAGAAGAAAACUGGCGCCGUUUUGUGGAGCAAUUCCCGCCAACUCUAGCUGAGCGCCUGGCCACAAUGUAUAACAUCUAGAGCCAGACAAGUUGUAAUACGCCCACCUGCACCCGCUAGAAAGCCAAUCAGCAACAUCUUAACUAGACAAUUAUGUACAAGUAUGCGUAGUAAGCGUGUCGUCUUAAUCUUUAGCCUCCUUAAGUAAUCCGAUUCGAUGCAGUUCGAAUGUUACGUUAACAUUGAAAUCUAAUAUUUUAGAAAUCGAAAAGAAACAGCAAAUUCACAUAAAAGCAACUGCAUAACCGGAGUUAACCACAUACAUAUAUCUAUAAAACUAAUAGAGAAGAAUCACAUAUAUUCGAAAUCAAAUUAGAGGAUCUUAGAUCUGUAGAGCCUCUUUAGUCUGUCCGCUUAGAGCAAAUAUAAAAUGUCAUUAUUAUGCAGAAAACUCAGUAGGAAUUAGAAGAAAAAUAUGUGUUCCGGCCGUACUUAACCGGAGUCAGUGCUAUAGUAGACAUGCCCAAACCUCCAAUACAUUCAGCCCCACGCCAAAACCGAAAAUAGUGUUUCUCAUAGGUAAUAAAAAAACGUAAAGAAAAUCGUCGAAACUAAAUGAUAUUGCGGGUUCGUGUCGCGGUAAUUAACUAACUAAAAAAAUCGUUAAAAGAUGAAAGUGUUAGGCCUAUUGUGAAAUCCGAAGAAAGGAAAUGGAAAUAAAAUGGAUUCAAAUGCCCUUGCAUACGAAAAGCUUCAGCUGAAGAAAAUGUUACAAAUCAAAUAAAGACUGAUGUUCAACUCCGUUCAAAACCAUAGAAAGCAUUCAUCAACAGCCGAAUUGAAUUUCACAGGAGAACCCAACACUUUCAGCACUUAAAUAAUAAUAAUAAAUAUUUAAAAAGAAUCGAAGAAAAAUCGUCGCGUUUCGGGUUUAUACGGUUUCGCGUUCGCGUAAUUUCGUCGCUCGUUCGUUCGUAAUCGUAAUCGUCGUUCGUGGUAUCUCGUCGGGUAAUGAAAAUUGAAAAAUGAAAAAAAGAAAGAAAAUAAUACAAGGAUAACGAUAAUAUUGCAACUGUUACUGAUACAAAUUUACUUAUACACUACAUGAUAUUCAUAUGCUAUACAAAAUUAGGUGUUUUUUUACGGAUUGUGAGAAUAGAAAAGCAAAUAGGGAAAAAAUAUAUAAAAUUGAGAUUAGGAUUUCGUUGAGUAUCUUAUUUAUUUUUGUGCGAUCCUUUAACUGAAUACAAAAGCAACCAUUGACUGAUCACUUUUUAAAGUAUUAUUAUAUAAUUUUUUUUGUAUAGGGACAAGUGUAAUUAAUUAACUAUUAUUAUUUUCUUCAAACUCUUUUAUAAUUUUUAUAGGGCUCGUGUUUUGCGUAUCCUUUAUAAUUUAGAACUUUUGUACAGAGCAAUUUUUUUACAAUUAUACGAUUAGGUGUAAAGUGUACUACUAAAUGGAAACAAAAGUCUUUGAAAUUGUCGCGGAACAACUAAAAAAAUACGAAAUAUAAAACUAGGGAAAACCAAACUCAGUCAAAACACAAAACAAAAAGAAAGAUUAUGAUGCAGGAAGAUAAACAAGUAAAUCUAAGUAAUAGUAUUAUGUAAUUAUGCAAACCGUAUUUACGUUUGUUUCUAUUUUUUUUUUUUUAUAAAUUCGUUUCAAAAAUGGGGGAACGUGUGAUAAUAAAGUAACUUCGGUCGUUCGUUCGCGUCGCGUUAAACUCAAUAAAUUUAAAAACUAACAAUAUGGGACUUUCGCCCCCGAGUCCCAAAUAAUAAUCGCAAUACAUGAUAAUAAUAAUACGGUCUAACUAAAGCGAAGUGAAGCAAAUGCUAAAACUUGAACUAAACUAAAAUGAAAAAUCGUGAUUUCGUUGUACCUUAAUCCGGAUUCAUCGCGGAAUCCGGUCGCGUUCGCGUGCGUUUGUAUCUCUCUCGGGUGAUCUUAGUGAUUAGCGUUUAAGCAGAAAAAAAACUGAAGCAACACUACAACUACAUAUACACACACACAUGCAUACACACACCAUUGAACAUAUACACACCACAUAUAUACAACUAUAUAAAAUAUAUUUAUAGAUUUUAUGCAGAAUAGGUUUUUGUUCUAAAUAUUAUUAUUAUUUUUCACUAUGAUAGGGCCAACCAAAAAAUAAAAACAGAGUAGGGAACUUAAAAAUAAACUAAAUGUUAGGUCAAGUUAGGGAAAACAAUUAAUUGAAAACAAAACGUAACAAAAUAAGGAAAUUAAAAAAAGAAAAAAGAUUGUGCAGCAUUAGGGAAUUUUAAUUUCUUAUUUAUUACAUUAUUAUCUUGAGUAUGUAAUUAAAACCAUGAGUAAACAUACCAACUGUUUUUAGUCCUCUACACAAACAAUCUCUCACCUUUGUUGUUUCUUUAAUUAAAUCAAGACAAAUCCUAGUUAAUUUUGUUUUAAUUCUAACUCUUCACACACCACUUACAACACUUACAGAUCAUCAAGCACACAGCUCUUAUAGGUUUAUAUCAUGUAUAUCCUUUAAAUUUAAAUCCACUGUCACUAACUCGGUUAUUUAAAGGUCUGCAAAUGUCUAACGAAAUUGAAUAUAUAUACGCGCCUAUAUAUAUGUAUACAAAUUAAAAUUAUGUAUUAUGAAAAAUAUGCUUAUACAUGUAUGUAUAAUCCCUAGAUCUUGCUAUAUGAGUUCAGCAUACUAGCAAUCUGGAGAUUAUUUCUCUGGAGUUUAAUAAUUUGUUUAAGCCGAACUCCACUUCAAAAUUCAACUAUCAAGAUUUGUGUAAAUUGAAAAGUAUAUAUAUGAAUAAAUAUGUAUGUGUAACAUUA